UCAGUCAGUCACUCCUUCUAACGACUCUACUUCAACCAAAACGAUCCCGGUGAUUUCGACAUAUCCGAAGCCCCAAUACCCACAUCUCAAGCCACCACCAUGCACUUCUCAGCCAGCGCAACCUUCGCCUUGGGCCUGUUGGCCUCUCAAGCUGCGGCGUUGAACAUCGUCAAGGUGCCAAAGUUCCGCGCCGCCGGACUCCCAACCUACACAACCACUCUCGCCGCCCCCACGACGACCCUUGCCACGAUCAUCUUGACGACAGCGUCACCGACCUCGUCAUCGACCUCGUCCGCGGCGACAGCCUCACCCACGGCCUCUUCUAACUCGACUCUAAGCGCCGACCUGCAGCGCGCCCUCGACCUCCACAACAUCUACCGCGCGGCUGUUGGCAACGCCAAUUUGACCUGGGAUGAUGAUCUGGCCAAGUCGGCUCAGGUCUGGGCCGAUCACUUGACGACUGUCGGCAGCCUGGUUCACGACACGAACCCCGGCGGCCAGGGAGAGUGUUUGGCUUCGCAGUCGGGCGGCACCAACUCCUACUUCACCAACGGUGUUCAGCUGUGGUUGGAUGAGAAGCCUCUGUACGAUGGUCAGCCUAUUCGUACAACUGGAUCGCCCAACUACUUGAACUAUGGCCACUACACUCAAGCCAUCUGGAAGGAUACCAAGCAGGUCGGCUUGGCCAUGGCCACCAGCCCCUCCGGUACCACCUUUGUGGUCGCACGUUACUUGCCUGCUGGAAACAUCAUCGGCUACAUGCCCUACUAAGCAUGGAAUGAAGGACUCUCAGCGUUACUUGAGACGUGUCAAUCAUCGCUAUUGGCUCGGCUAGGCUUUUCUUUUGAUUUAGACCGCUUCUCCUUCACUCAGUUGCUUAUGCUCAUGGCAAGAUUUGCAUGCCUUGGGCCACUU